GAACCAAAAGGCAGGGCGAUGAUAAGCGGUCGCAACAAAAGCAAAGGAAACCAAAAUCGAAACGUCAGAGCUGAAGACGUGUAGUGUUUUCAUCAUCACGAAUUUCGCAUCCAAUUUCCCGUUAAAAUUUGGUGUCGAAAAAUUGCGAUAAUUAAAUUUAUGAUUUUCGUAUUGUAGAACUCCAAGUGUUGAGGCUCAACAUGUUGAAAGCAAUAAUCCUUAUUGGUGGACCGGAAAAGGGCACUCGGUUCCGCCCAUUGUCAUUGGACACCCCAAAGCCGUUGUUCCCCAUCGCGGGAAAACCGGUCAUUCAACACCAUGUCGAGGCCUGCGUUCGCAUCAAGGAGCUCAAGGAGAUUCUGAUCCUGGGCUUCUAUCCGGCCUCGCAGAUGCAACAGUUUGUUAGCAAUAUGCAGAAUCUCUACGACGUGAACAUCCGAUAUCUGCAGGAGUUUACGUCGCUGGGAACGGCCGGCGGUAUGUACCACUUCCGGGACCAGAUCCGCUCCGGGAAUCCGAGUGCAUUCUUUGUACUGAACGGGGAUGUAUGUGCAGAUUUUCCUCUGCAGAAGUUGUACGAUUUUCACGUCAGCAAGGGGGAGAAGGCGCUGGUAUCCAUUAUGGGAACGGAAGCAACCCGCCAGCAAGCGGUUCACUACGGAUGUCUGGUGCUAGGAAACGACGAGGAAGUGACCCAUUACGUGGAGAAGCCUCGCACCUACGUCUCGACCCUGAUCAACUGUGGCGUGUACGUGUGCUCGAUGGAGCUGUUCUCCCGGAUGGGAAACGUCUUCCAUUCGAAACAGUUGGAUUACAACUCGUUGAACAACGGCAACGGAAAGGAUCUGGGUCACAUUCAGCUGGAACAGGAAAUUCUCACGCCACUGGCAGGGACGGGGCUGAUGUAUGCCCUGCCGGUGAGCAACUGGUGGUCGCAGAUCAAGACUGCCGGAUCGGCCAUCUACGCUAACCGGCACUACUUGGCACUGUACAAAAAUACGCAUCCGGAACGAUUGGCCAAUGCUGGACUUAAGACGUCUGAAAACAGUAACGGAAGCCUGGUGUGUAAUAUCAUUCCGGAUGUGCAUAUCCAUCCCACGGCGUCGGUGCACCCAACAGCCACGCUUGGACCAAAUGUAUCCGUCGGACCCGGAGUAGUCAUCGGUCCGGGGGUUCGCAUCCGCGAAUCGAUAAUCCUGGAGAAUGCUGUCAUCAAGGAUCACACACUCGUCUUGCAUAGCAUCAUUGGGCGCAGUUCGCAGAUUGGUAUGUGGGCCCGUGUCGAGGGCACUCCCAGCGAUCCGGAUCCGAACAAGCCAUUUGCCAAGAUGGAUAACCCGCCGUUGUUCAACAACGACGGGCGCCUCAAUCCGUCGAUCACGAUCCUGGGUUACUCGGUGAGCGUCCCCUCGGAGAUGGUGCUGCUCAACUCGAUCGUCCUGCCGCACAAGGAAUUGAGCCGAAGUUUCAAGAACGAGAUCAUCCUGUAACGUGGGUCACCGUUUUUCCGUUUCGAUGAUGAUGUAAUUUUGUUCUGUUCUGUUUUAAUCGGUAUAUGAUAGUUUAGAAACGAAAAUUGCUAUUAAUCCCAAUUCAAGUUUGUGCCAGUUAUGCUUAAUAAAGAUGGAUUUUAAAUAUAAAGGA